AUGGAGACACUUGCUCUUCACUCAUUCUUUUAUUGUCUCAUUGCUUUCUCAUCAACCAUGUUGCAAUUUUGCAUUGCAGCUGACACCAUAAGUCCAGGGCAAACAGUUAGCGGUAUCCAGACCCUAGUUUCCUCAGACCAAGUUUUUGAGCUAGGCUUCUUCUCCUCAGGCAACAACGAGAGCUGGUACUUGGGUAUAUGGUACAAGAAGACCCCGGGCGUACUUGUGUGGAUAGCGAACCAGAACAGCCCAGUCACAGAUCCUUCUGGAGUUUUCACCAUCAGCAGCAAUGGAACACUUGUUCUUCUGAACCAAAGCAACCACACUAUCUGGUAUUCAAAUCCAUCCAGGCCAGCACAUAUUCCAGUUGCUCAACUUUUAGGUUCUGGUAACCUUCUUAUAGACAAUGUAACUUCAACCUCCGAAAGCUAUCUGUGGAAGAGCUCUGAUUACCCAAUAAACACGUGGUUACCAGGCAUGCUGAUAGGAAAGGACAUGAGCAAUGGUUUAAACUGA